CGAUAGCUGUUUGGGCAUCAGCAUUUCCUGCUCAUACUGAUGCCCAAACAGGCAUUCGUCUCACCUGUUGUGUGGGCGAAACAGGAAGUCAGCUUGGUGGACCCGAUUAGUUGUCGGCACAUCAAACUUUCUUCUGGAGAUGUGUCUUGAAGUUGAUUUGCCAUAGGACUUGUUUCAGAAACCAGUCCUCAGCUGCAUCUUAGGAGACCUUGGCGGCAUCAGCGAUCUUGGGGAUAGCGCUUGUGCCUUUCCAGUAUCACUGUGGGCUGUAGUAAAUAUUCUCAAGUUUUAUGUAUUUCACGGUAUUUUCCCUUUAAGACAGCAGUGUCCAAACACUUAAUUUGUGACAGCGUCAAUGGCAAUCCAUUGUUCUGUAUCCAUGGGUGAUAAGGAUGUUUUGUUUAUGGUUAUUCCGGAGACCCUGUGCCCAUCACCUUGGUAACCUUGAAAAAUGGCACUCAAAAGAAUCUCCCAGUGUGUAGUCCAGAGGUAACAUUCAUGCCACCACAAGAAGAUUAUGUUAUGAAUUACAGUAGUCUUGUCAUUGAUCUUGGACUCCUGUAUCUGAAUUUUCGUGAUGCAUGUCAUCUUCCAAAUCGUGAUCGCAUGAUGAGAAUAUUUAAAAUGUUCUUACCAAUCUUCAAAGGGACCAAAAAUCAAUCAAAAUAUGCUCUGGAACUGCUUCGAUUCUUGAUUCAACAUAAUUCCAUACUGAGCGAAUGUCAAUCACACAGAGUUUUCUAUGGCCUGUUUGUGAACAACCAAGGACACAAGCAACAAGAUGUACAAGGUGGUGGAUGUUUACACAGGAGGCCAAUAAUGCCACUUAAACAAGUUAACCAAGGACACAUUAACACUCAUAUCAGAGCAGACCAGCAAAUGGAGUACAAAGUCAAGAAGCAGAAAAAGCUAAUCAAACACUGUUACUCCAACAAGACUAAUAAAAAUAUCGUGCGACACACUGCUGCUGUCCAUGGUGUGUCCACAAUUGGAGAGAGCUUUGAUGCUGCCACCAAAGUUAUCAGGCGUGCCAAAGCUCAUCCCAAACUUUCAGCAUUGAUGGAUGAAAAAUCCAUGGUAUCUGACAUUAUAAGCAUUAAACCAUGGAGCCAUUCUGCAAACGGAAAUUUGAACAUUUUCCCAGAAGUCUGAGAACACAUGUUGACAAAAUAGAUCCUGCUGCCUUCUGGAAAUUGUUUUCCGAAAAGAAAAUGUAUUUCUUCCAUGAGGUUGGGAAGUAAUACAUCAUAGAUCAGAUGUAUCUGAUUUACUGCUGUUCACAUGACACUGUUUCAAGUUUGCUUGAUUGUUGACUGUUGUUGCCUCAUAUAAUAUAUAACUGUAUACUCCUUGACAACAGUUACCUCUAGGGCUGUUACUAUUCAUUCGUGACUAUUCAGAUAAUUGAACUGUCUCCCUUCAUGAAUUCAGUUCGCUAUUUGCAAUCACUAGAAUUGAAAUGUUCAUGAAGCUUUUUAAAAAGGAGUGUUUUAACUUGAAUUUGUGUUUGAUUUUUCAAAGUGAGAUAUGGAAAAUGGAAUAUAUCCAACCAAGCAGAAUGACUAUCAACACUCAUAUCUUUUAUUUCAUAUUAAUCUGUUCACUGGACAUGCUGUGGAUAAAUUAAGUAGGUGUUCCAUACUGUUCCAACUCAAAGUUCUCAAAGAAACACUCUGUCAACAUGGACAAAACACAUCAAAGAAUAUACUUUGUUAUUGUUUCACUGAAUACUUUAAAUAAUACAUCAACUGAUGACAUGUUAUUGGAUUCAUGGCUCAAUACUUGUGUAUCAUAUUUUUUUUCAUAGAAGAUUUGCUGCAGCCCAAGUUAUCUCCCCUUGACUAUUGUUAACUGAUCUUAUAAAUACUCUUUUUAUCUCAAUUUUGUGUACUGUCAUCAAAACUAUUGUAUCUUUAGUGUAUAUUGUAUACAAUCCAUAUUACAUAUUCAUGGGGAAUGAUAAUGUUGAACCACAUAUUUGAGAAGACAUGCAAUAUUGCCCAAAUAGGCAAGAUUGAUGUCUUUGAACUCUGACUUAAGAAUGUCCACAUUGCUAAAUCUGUUUUGGAGGCCAGUUUCUUAUCAAGCCCUGUUGUAAGUUUGAAAACGGUACAUCAGCAACUUGAUUUUCAGCUUCAAAAUAAUCAGUUAACAACUGUGAAGCCAUUUUAACAGCAGCUUUCCUGGGUGCAGGAAUUUGCUCAUUGCUCUCCUGAGUCGAGAGAUGGAAGUCAGUUUCGAACACUUUGUGUAUAAUACAUUCAGCACACUGACAUGUUUUUGAGCAAUUGUCACAACAACGAUGACCUGGUUCUGGUUGGACACAUUCAAAUUCAAAAUAAUUCAUCAAAGUCUGUCUUCUGCAUUUGCUAGUGGUGCAGAAAUCUUUCAUUUCCUUUGAGAGAUGUUUGACGUUUGAAGCUAUGUCUGAUUUGUUCAUGUACACUAUUGCCUCUGCAUGUUCACCAUCACGCCCAGCUCGACCAGUUUCUUGCAAGUAAGCUGCAAACCAAACUAUCAUUAUCAUUCUGUGCAAAAAACCUAAGAGUAAUACUGUCCUAUUUUUUAAUUGGUGUCUGGACAAUUCCUGUUAUUGUACUCUACUUUAUGAUUGCUUUGUUCCAUCACCCAACUGAGCACUCAAUCAAUAUACUGAACACGCCUUUCGCAACAUGACAAUGACUAAAACUAAUCUGAAAAUGGCUUCAUUGUGAUAAUGUAAAAAUAUGGAGAGAUUGUGAGUUUGUUUCAUAUUAAGCAUGCAAAUGUGUGUUCAUUUUCAGUACCCAAUUGUUGAACCAGAUAUAUUGUCUUCUAAUUUAUUGAUUUAAUUAUUUCCAUUUUGCUUACUUUCUAGCGUUGAAGGUGGUCCAGUGUGAAUAACCCUUCUUAUAUCAGGUGCAUCAGUGCCCAUGCUGUAUGCCUCAGUGGCUAAAAGUAGCCUUACAUGGCUAUUGGAAGACUUGAAUAUACAAGACAGUUGUUGUUUCAGCUGAAAACAAAGGACUAAUUAUUUACAGAGAGCAAGGCUUGCUUUCCAAAAAUAAGUAAAAAUUGAUACUUAAUCAUAAAUUC